AUGUCAACCGCCAGCAAGACAUCUUGGACCUAUCUACCAGCAGAGAUUCGGGGUUUGGUCCUAGAAUUUUUGUUGAAGGACGGCUGUAGCCUCGCUGGCUUCGCCACAGUAUCGCAAGAAUGGCAAACGAUCAUCGAAAAGCACACCUUUGCACGAAUCACGUUGACACCUUUUCGCCUCGCAGAUUUCGGUUCAAUGAUCCAUCGUAAUCAGGCUCUCGUGCGCUACAUAUGGCUUUGCUUGGAACUCGAAGAAUACGAUUGCACUGAAUGUGACCCUGAUAACGAGAUCUUGGGAAUAGGUUUUGCGGAUAACCUCCGAGUCAUAACAACAUUCACGAAGCUCUUCAGAACUCUCAGUACUUGGAAACCAAGCGGCAGCUUAGUGCUCGAUAUCAGUGUUCAUUCUCCUAGUGAUCCACUGCAUUGGUUCAAAUAUCUGACUUUUGAGCCUGAUGCUGCCUCUGGCGUGCGCGGCCCCCGUCGAAGCUCAGAGCUGUCUCCGGUGGCCAAAUUGAACAACCAUGGUUGGAUUGGUGGCAGGCGAGCUUCUGCCCCGAACGUCUUUGCUUUUCAAAAAGUUUUCGCUGAGAUUUUGGGCGAAAAAAAGCCAUUCGAUAAUGAUCAACAAGAAGAACAGUGGUGGCAGAAAUUGCCAGUAGUUCCAGCAGUCACGGCUGUAUUGCUACGCCAACAAACCCGCCGACGAUGGAAGCCGAAAACCCUGAACUAUAUGUUUGCCCAUUUCCCUAGGCUCGAGGAUUUUCACUACGAGCCUUGGAUGGAAUGGUUUGAUUUCCGACAGGCGUCGACAGAUCGAGAUCUCAUAUCACUUUCCGAAUCGCUCACUUUUAGACAACUACGGAAGCUUGUGCUAUUCGAGAUCUACAAUCCACAGUACCUUCUUGAUUUCGCAGGGUGUGAUCCUCUUCGAGUCUCGACUUUUGAAAUCAGCCGCGCAGUCGCCAAAGCCAGCCUUAAGCUUGAGCACCUCUCAGCGUCGAUCAUGGUGGAUGCUAGCUAUUUCUUCCAAGCUCUCGAGCCUUCCUGGACGUGGCCCAACUUGACUUGGCUUGCGAUGACUUCGAGGCUACUUGGACCCGGUGCGUGCUCGGUGGGCAUCGACGCCAUGCUCAUCGCAGCAUCAGCCGCCGCCAUGAAAAUGCCAAAUCUUCAAGUAAUGGAGCUUUGGAACGGGACGAAGGGAAUGGCGAUACUUUUCAGAUACCAGAAGGCCGAGGGAGGGCAGCCUGCUGUGAUCACCCGAAAAGCAACGUGGGAAUUUGUCCUGGGGCCUGCUGUGAUCGGGGCUUGGGAAGACGUCGCACGGGAGCAUCGCUGCAGCGGAUGCGUUGUUAUCACGGAGUUGAUAGACGGUAGCCUUAUUCAUUCACAUGGUGACGCAAUUCAUCAUUUGAAGCUCUCGAACCCAGUUAUUCGGCCCAUCUCGUUACGGCAGAUUCGGAUAGAACACGGAAUUCUGACGGAAGUGCAUACAUUAACUGAAGGCUUAGCAUCUUUUGCCAGCGAGUAA